AUGGUCAAGGAGACAAAACUUUAUGAUUUACUUGGAGUAUCUCCAAGUGCUAAUGAGCAAGAACUGAAAAAGGGUUAUAGAAAAGCAGCUCUAAAAUAUCAUCCAGAUAAGCCAACAGGUGACACAGAAAAGUUUAAGGAGAUAUCAGAGGCCUUUGAAAUUUUAAAUGAUCCUCAAAAAAGGGAAAUAUAUGAUCAAUACGGUCUCGAGGCUGCUAGAUCUGGUGGUCCAAGCUUUGGUCCUGGUGGUCCUGGCGGUGCUGGAGGUGCUGGAGGCUUCCCUGGCGGUGCGGGCGGAUUCUCCGGAGGACAUGCGUUCAGUAAUGAGGAUGCUUUCAAUAUUUUUUCACAAUUCUUUGGCGGCAGUUCCCCAUUCGGUGGUGCUGAUGACAGUGGCUUCAGUUUCUCUAGUUAUCCAUCUGGCGGCGGUGCUGGUAUGGGAGGUAUGCCUGGAGGAAUGGGAGGAAUGCAUGGCGGCAUGGGAGGUAUGCCUGGCGGCUUUAGAUCAGCAUCAAGCUCUCCCACGUAUCCAGAGGAAGAAACAGUUCAAGUUAAUUUACCAGUUAGUCUAGAAGAUUUGUUUGUUGGUAAAAAGAAGUCAUUUAAAAUUGGAAGAAAGGGCCCACAUGGGGCCUCUGAAAAGACACAAAUUGACAUUCAAUUAAAACCGGGUUGGAAAGCUGGUACCAAAAUAACAUACAAGAACCAGGGUGAUUACAAUCCUCAAACGGGCCGUAGAAAGACUUUGCAGUUUGUCAUCCAGGAAAAGAGCCAUCCAAACUUUAAAAGAGACGGUGAUGACCUAAUUUACACUCUGCCACUAUCUUUCAAGGAAUCAUUGUUAGGUUUUUCAAAAACUAUCCAAACAAUUGAUGGCAGAACCUUACCUUUGUCGAGAGUACAGCCUGUCCAACCCUCACAAACUUCUACUUAUCCUGGUCAAGGUAUGCCAACUCCAAAGAACCCAUCUCAGAGAGGUAAUUUGAUUGUAAAAUAUAAAGUGGACUAUCCAAUAUCACUAAACGACGCUCAAAAACGUGCUAUAGAUGAAAAUUUUUAA